UUGGUUAGUUGGUCUGUUGAAGUUGUCGAGGAUAAAUCGUUUUGAAUUUGCUGAAUGUUAAAUUUUUAAAAAGUUUUUUUCUUUUAAAAAUUAAAAUGAAAAAGUUUAUUAUUUUCGGGACAUUGUGCGUUACAUUGGCUACAUGUAUCCACGUUCCGAUCGGUCACGACUAUGUGGAAGUAGAGAGCUACGGCCAAAACCUACAGUAUCGUGAACAUAAAAAGGCAAAGAAGGAGCAAGAUCUGCACAAAAUACCAGGAACUCCAGGUGUCGACUAUCCAGUCUACCAUACUGUUCCACACACCAGUUUCCACUGUGGCAACGUUCCAGCUACACCCGGAAUGUACGCAAAUGUCGAGACCGGUUGUCAGGCAUACCAUGUGUGUUAUGAUGGUAGAGAAGGCGAACAGGGCGCCUCAUUUUUGUGCACCAACGGUACCAUUUUCAAUCAGAAAGAAUUUACCUGCGAUUGGUGGUACAAUGUCGAUUGUCAUGCUGCUUUGGAUUAUUACCGCCUGAAUCUUGACCCCGAACACAAUCCCUACUUCCCAAAGAAGAAGGAAGAGGAAGCCGAUAAGUUUCUUAUUCAUGCGUAAUGUGCACGUACACAGGUCGUUCAUCUAACAUACGAGAAAACCUACGAAAAAUUAUUAUUACUGAUCCAUAAUAACUACUAGAAUUCAGCUUAUUUAUUACAUCAUUUUUUCAUCGUUUCGAAUGAUAUAACUUGGUCUAUCACUUGUGGUAAUAAAAAAUGUAAAUAAAUCGAGAAAUUAA